AUGCACCUUCCCGCCGGGUUUGUUUUGUUCCCCGACGGCAGCACAGACGUGGGCGUGGCCUCUCGCGGGCUCCUGGCCUCUCGCGGGCUCCUGGCCUCUCGCGGGCUCCUGGCCUCUCCGCCCCGGGGGCCUCCGGUCGCGUACUCGGGAAUCUGCCUGCUGUCUCAGCUGGAAGAUGCCGGCCCCGGGGAGAGGGAAGAGGAGCCGGAGGCCGAGGCGGAGGCCGAGACGGAGCAGGAGCCGGGACAGGAGCUGGAGCCGGAGCUGGAGCCGGAGCAGGAGCCGGAGCUGGAGCAGGAGCUGGAGCUGGAGCCGGAGCAGGAGCCGGAGCUGGAGCUGGAGCCGGAGGCCGAGACGGAGCUGGAGCCGGAGCAGGAGCCGGAGCAGGAAGGCGACAGGAGCCUGGAGCCCAUCUACGAAGAGGCUGCCGGUGCUCCAGAACAUUCCGAAGGGGAAAUGGCCACCAGCGAGGAGCUCGGAUGGGAAGGAGAAUUCGAAUCCGAUCUGGAGGCCUUGUCCCCUGAGGGGAAAGUCAGCUCCGCGAAUCUGAGUUACUCGGAAGCCAGCCCCGAGGCGCUGGGCCCCGGGGACCCCGGUCUCCCGGCCCUGGAGGAGGCCCCGCCACCAGCAUCACCAGCGUCGGCAGAGGAGGUCACGGCUGCGCAGACCCUGCCGCAGGCCCCAGGGCUCUGUGCGUGCACCCCGAGCACAGCUGCCACGGAGCUCCAGAGGCUUCCCGGAGCCCCGUCCUUCCUGGGUCCUGCCGGGCUGCGGGACGAGGCGCAGGCAGGCCGGCUACGAAGCCAGCAGGGCCGGCGCCCCCCGGGGGGCACCCCCAGGCCCCCAGUGUGCCCCACGCACCGGCCCGCACACGACCUUGGGGAGGUGGCCGCCGGCGCCUGGGGGAGCCCCCUGUCGGACACGUUCCUGGGCCGGCUACAGCAGCUUAGCCCAGAGGAGGAGGCCCUGGCGGAGAGGACGGACUCCGAGGGCAGCGACGACGGGGACGGGUCCCAGCUGGUGGUCCUGGACCCAGACCACGUAAGCGCCGCCCCCGCGGCCGCCCCAAGCCCGCCCCCUCCCGCAUUUGUGGCGCCGGAACAGCGCCAGGUCCUGCCCCCCGCAGGAAUUGGGCAGCGCCCCGGCCGCCGGCCUGUGCCCGCUGGCCUAACAGCCAAAGGCUGCCGGUCUCCGCCGACGGAGUACCAGCACCGGGUCAAGUCCGUGGAGGGGGAGCUGGACGCCUACAAGAAGUCCAUCAUGAAGGAGGAGGAGCGGAACGAGAGGCUGGCCAGCGUCCUGAGCCGCGCGGAGACGGCCACCGGCCUGCUGCAGAGGCUGACCGCGCAGAGCCUGGCCAAGCAGGAGGCCCUGAAGAGCGAGUUCAACACCUACCAGCUGGCCCUGCAGGAGACGGAGGACACGCUGGAGAAGGCCCAGGUGGAGCACACGAUGACCGCGGGCGAGCUGCAGGCCGUGCGCCAGAACAUCCAGGCCGAGCUGGAGCUGCGGCGGCAGAUGGACGCGUCCAUGGUGGAGAAGCUGCAGGAGCAGCUCACCUCCAACAAGAUGACCAAGUACUUCCGCCAGCUCAUCCUGAAGCUGCAGAAAGAGAAGACCAACCUGGUGACACAUCUUUCCAAACUCGACGGCGACAUCGCCCAGGGCACCCUGGACAUCACCAACACCAGCUGCAGGCUGGACGCGCACCAGAAGGUGCUGGCGGAGCUGGACAAGGAGGUGAAGAAGGUCAACGACCUCAUCAGCAACAGCGAGAACGAGAUCUCGCGCCGCACCAUCCUGAUCGAGCGCAAGCAGGGCCUCAUCAACUUCUCCAACAAGCAGCUGGAGCAGAUGCUGUCGGAGCUGGGGGCCCUGGCCUCAGAAGUUAGUUUAAAAGGCCGCUGCCGACACCGGCCCCGCCCCCGCCGGGCCCCACACUGGGCCUUUCAGAGCCGCGGCGCCGUCUUGACCAUGGAGCCCGUCCUAGGUCGAUGUCCUUCCUCUGCGACCGGGGCCAGUGCACGGGCCGCAUGUCCUCCAGCUGCGUGUCCCCCGGCACGGCCAACCCUCUGCCGUGUGUCCCAGGCGCGGCACAGGCAGCUGCUGAAGCGGCAGGAGAAGACCAUCCGCGACAUGGAGCUGGCGGUGGCCCGCAGGGAGGCCGUCACCACGCAGGCCCAGGCCCAGGGCAAGGGUGACCGGCGGCUGCUCACACGCACCGACUUCCACCACCGGCAGGCCGAGCUGCGGCGCAGGAUCCAGGACACGCACAAGGCCGCCGAGGAGUGCUCCAGGACCAUCUCGGAGCUGGAGGAGGCGCAGGGGCUCGUGAGGGACGCCCUCCUGGAGAGGCAGGAGCGGCUGUCCAAGAUGCAGGCGGACACGGACGCGCUGGACGCCAGCGUGAAGCAGCUCGCAGCCCUCAAGCGGCAGAACCUGUCGGAGCUGGUGGCCCUGCAGACGCGCCUGAAGCACCUGCAGGCCGUGAAGGACGGGCGCUACACGCCUCUCUUCCGCUCCAAGCAGGCGCUGCAGGUGGAGCAGAGGCGCCUGGACGACCGGCUGGCCGCGCUGGGCACCGUCCUGGACCACGUGAAGGAAGAGUACCCCCAGUUCCAGGAGGCCCUGCUCAGGGUCAGCCAGGCCGUUGCCAGCAAGCUGGAGGCGCCCGGGCCCUCCUAGCAGCCGCACCCCCAGCCUGGCAGGGUGAUGGGCCCAGGCUGGGCCCGUGGGCCCCUGCAGG